AUGGGCUUCCCAACCUUUGUGUGCCUGCUACUAGCGCUGCUGACAUCAUUUUUGCCUGCGACUGCAAGUUUUCCGGGUACACCUUUUCGGACGGAAGGCCGUUGGAUUGUUGAUACGUCCGGGCAGAAUGUCACAUAUACCGGUGUGAACUGGCCUGGAGCCGCCGACACUGGACUUCCUGAGGGGCUGCAGUAUUCUUCCGUACAAGAGAUCGUCAGCAAAGUCAAAGAUGCCGGCUUCAACAUCAUUCGUCUCACCUUUGCCGUCCAAGUAAUAGACGAGAUCUAUGAACGGCACGGUGAAGAUGUUCCGAUCAGUACCGCAUUCAGCCAAGCUCUUGGUGCUGAGAAUGGAUCGGCCAUCUUGAACAAGGUCCUCUCUAAUAAUCCAGCCAUGUCAGAGAGCACCACCCGGCUGGAAGUCUUCGAUGCCGUGGCAGAAGAAUGCAAUCGCCAGGGGAUCUAUGUACAUCUCGACAACCAUAUCUCAAAGGCAGAAUGGUGCUGCUCCUUUGUCGAUGGUAAUACAUGGUUCGGCGACGAAUACUUCUCCGUAGCGAACUGGACUCGUGCCCUCACAUACAUGACGAGGCAUGCAAGCAACUGGCCUAGUUUUGUCAGCAUUGGUCUGCGAAAUGAGCUCCGCUUUCCACUGAACAACGCUCCAGUCCUUGCCACAUAUAACUGGGCGGUAUGGUACGACAACAUGAUCGCGGCAGCCGACGCAGUGUACAAGACCAACCCGGAGAUUCUCAUCUUUUUCAGCGGCCUAAACUCUGAUCUCUCAUUGAACCCGAUCCCGACUGGCGAUGAUCUGGGAUUCGGUCGCCGCUUCGAUAAAAAUCGCUACGCCGAUAAAGCAGUCCUUGAGCUUCACAAAUACGACAACAACGACAUUUCUUGCGCGCUAUUGAAGGCUUUCGAAUAUAGCAGUGGCUACGAUGCUCUGGACGACAGCAACGUAUUCGUCAAAAACCACAUGCCCGUAGUGCAUACCGAGUUUGGAUACGCUCAGACGAACGGCAGCGAUGAUGGCGGUGCACAAACGGUCUAUGCGAGGUGCAUUCGAGAGUUUCUGAUCGAGCAGAAGGCUGGCUGGAUGGUGUGGGUGCUUGCUGGCUCCUACUACAUCAGACAGGGUACGCAAGACAAUGACGAGAGCUAUGGUAUUCUGAGUCAUGAUUGGAGUGGUUAUAGGAACGAGACUGUAUUUGACCUUGGCGUUGGGGGGAUGAUCAGGGCGGCAAGGAGGUGGGGCUGA